GUCGAUUCAAAACAGUGUCAGGGGUAUUGGAAAAAUAUCAGCAAAAUGUUUUGAUUAGAUUUUGGAUGGGGCCAUUAUUGUUUAUUUUUGUAAAUGAACCAAAGCUAAUUGAGAUGGUUUUAAAUUCACCCAAAUGUCUAGAGAAAUCAUUUUUGUAUAAGUUUCUCAGGCUCGACAAAGGAUUACUUGCUGCAAAGCAUGAAUCAUGGCAAGUGCAUAGGAAACUUCUUGAAUCUUCUUUUCAUUUGGACACCGUCAAAAACUUCAUUCCAAUUUUCAUCGACAGUGCUGAUCAAAUGAUUUCAAAUAUAAAUGCACUUGAAGAGAAAAACAACGUAAAUCUCUUUGAAAUUACAUCACGUUGUGCAUUAACGAUGGUUCUGUCAUCAUCUUUCGGGUUGAGUGCAGCUGAAGUUCAUAUUAGUGACGAUAUGUUAAAAUCUGUUGAAGAAUUGAUCAAAAUAAUUUCACAUCGAUGUCGUGAACCUGUUUUUUAUAUUGAAAGAAUUUAUCGAUUCACUCGGAAUUAUUACCGCGAGAAGAAAUAUCGCAAACGUUGUUAUUAUUACCUUGACCAAGUUUUGAAGGAACGGAGAGAGCUUGUUGAACCUCCAAACAAAAAUAUGUGUGGACCAUCAACGCCGUUUAAACAGCAUGAUGAAGAGAUGGGAGAUCCGACAUUAGUUCCAAAGAAAAAUUUUAUUGAUCAGCUGAUUUUCAAUGAAGGAAAAUUUUCUGAUGAAGAAAUUCAUGAUCACAUUUACACAUUCGUUGUUGCUGGAUAUGAAACAACAGCAUUGCAAACAGCUUUUACUUUGCUAUUGCUAGCAAUGCAUGACGAUGUACAGAACAAGCUAUUUGAAGAAAUUGAAAAAGCCCUACCAAAUAAACAUUCAAUACUUGAUCAUUCAACUCUUAUGAAGAUGAAAUAUCUUGAAAAUGUGAUAAAAGAAUCGAUGCGACUUCUGCCGCCAGUGCCACUAAUUGGACGUGAAACGUUAGAAGAUUUAGAACUUGAUGAAGUGAUUGUUCCAAAAGGAGUCACACUAAUAAUACAUUUCUUUAAUUUACAUCGAAAAAAAGAGAUUUGGGGUGACGAUGCCGAAGAAUUUAAUCCUGAUCGAUUCUCAAGUGAAAACGAAAAUAAAAGACAUCCUUACAGUUUUCUACCAUUCUCAGGUGGAUCCCGAGACUGCAUCGGUAAACAUUAUGCGAUGCUUGCUGUAAAAACAAUUUUAGUAAAGUUCCUUAGGAACUAUAAAGUGUCAACUGAUCUCAAAUAUGAUGAAUUAACAUUUAGAGCAGACAUAACAAUGAAGGUUUGCCAAGACUUAAAAGUUAAUAUUGAAGAGCGGUGAUUGGGGGAUUCACAAAAUGAAAAGCUUUUGAAUAAAUAAUAGUACUUAAUUUUAUAAAAAAUUAAAACUUUCAAAGAGAAUAAAUAUUUAAUUUGUUAAAACUUUUACAAAGUUAUCAUGUUCAGUGCUUUAAUAUGCAUAAAUAAACCUCACAAAUGUUUUCAAUUAGCUGUUGUAAGCCUUUCUCACUUUCUUAAAACUUUGUAUCUUUAAUAUGGCCAGUCUGGUU